GUCUGAUGACGCUUCUUCCUGGGUCAACGGUGAAGCCUUCAACACGUGUACUCGUAUGGUCAGAAGAGUAAGCGUCUGGAAGUUUGCAAAACAACGUUUAUUUUGAUAUUUUUUCCACCUAGAAGCUCGUCUGGAACCGGCCGCCAAAAUGGUGAAGCCACAAUACAAGGGGAGAAGCUCCAUUAACCCCUCCACUUCCAGCAGUAACCCAGAUCGACCUAAGGGUGUUGGAGGUAGUCAUAUGAGGGACCGGGCAACCGUCAAGCGUCUGAACAUGUACAGGCAGAAAGAACGCCGAAACAAUCGGGGGAAAGUCAUUAAAACUCUGCAAUACCAGUCUACAGUGGCACCUGGAACUGUAGCAAGAGUAGAGCCAAAUAUUAAGUGGUUUGCUAACACGAGGGUCAUCAAGCAGUCAUCUCUGCAGAAGUUUCAAGAUGAAAUGGAUCGAGUGAAGAAGGACCCCUACAGAGUAGUGAUGAAAAAGAGCAAGCUGCCAAUGUCUCUCUUGCAAGACAGAAUCAAAUCUCAUAACUCAAAAGUACACAUUUUGGACACUGAGACCUUUGAAACAACGUUUGGUCCUAAAGCCCAGAGGAAAAGGCCAAGCUUGUCUGCAGCUGAUGUGCAUGACCUGGUGGAGAAAGCUGAGGCUUCUGUAGAGAAAUACAGCGAGGACAAGGAUAAGGAUCUGGUGACGGAGGACACUGGAGUAAGGGAUGAAGUCCAAGAGGAAAUCUACAAAAAGGGGCAAUCAAAAAGGAUCUGGGGUGAACUAUAUAAGGUAUUAGAUUCAUCCGAUGUUAUAAUUCAAGUUCUGGAUGCCAGAGACCCCAUGGGAACGCGUUCUCGCAGCAUUGAGUCAUAUUUAAAGAAGGAGAAGCCCUGGAAACAUUUCAUGUUCGUGCUUAAUAAAUGUGAUCUCAUCCCCACCUGGGUCACGAAACGCUGGGUUGCGAUCUUAUCAAAGGAAUAUCCCACACUUGCCUUUCAUGCCAGCCUCACAAACUCCUUUGGAAAAGGUGCCCUGAUUCAACUCUUAAGGCAGUUUGGAAAGUUGCAUACUGACAAGAAACAGAUCAGUGUUGGUUUCAUCGGUUAUCCAAACGUUGGCAAGAGCUCUGUGAUAAACACGCUGCGUUCAAAGAAGGUCUGCAAUGUGGCUCCCAUCGCAGGAGAAACAAAGGUCUGGCAGUACAUCACCUUGAUGCGUCGUAUUUACUUGAUUGAUUGUCCUGGGGUUGUCUACCCAUCUGGUGACACUGAAAGCGAUAUAGUGUUAAAAGGAGUGGUUCAGGUUGAGAAAAUCAAGAGCCCAGAAGACCACAUUGCUGCAGUGCUGGAAAGAGCAAAACCAGAAUACAUUCAGAAAACGUACCAUGUUGAUUCCUGGGAGUCGCCUGAGAACUUCUUGGAAAAGCUGGCAUUUAGGAUGGGAAAACUCUUAAAGGGUGGAGAACCUGACUUGCAGACUGUAUCAAAAAUGGUUUUGAAUGACUGGCAGAGGGGUAGGAUCCCCUUUUUUGUGAAGCCCCCAAAUGCAGAGCCAGGUUCAGAGCCUCAAGCGAGUAUCGAAGCAGCCAAGACUACCCAAGAGGUCAGCAACCCAGAAAAGGAACCAGAAACGACAGAAGCUGAUACCGAAGCAAAGCAAGACACACAAAUCCAGCAGAUCAUGAUGACGCACGUACGGCAGAACUUUGGUAAAAUUAACGUAGUCCCGGAAUUCACGGAGCAGGACCUGGUGCCUGUGGAAAUGUCAGAUAUGUCAGAAGAGGAGGGCUCGGGAGAAGAGGAGGAUGAGGAGGAAGAGGAAGAUGAGAGUCCUGAAAACAAGGAGGUUCAGGAAGGAGACAAACCCGAAGGCGACCAAUCUGCUCAGACGACACCCAAAGCAAAGGGCAAAGAGAGGAGCUCCAAAGAGGUGAUUCGGGAGUUGGAUGAAAAGAUCAACAAAUAUAAAAAGUUUUUGGAUCAAGCCAAGUCCAAGAGAUUUUCAGCCAUAAGAAUACCCAAAGGACUCUCUGAAAAGGUCAUUGCAAAAACAGAACAGAAACGGGAGUCUCCAGUUGAUUCAGAACCUAAAGUUAUUGCAAAUGCAGGAAAAAAGAGAAAGGCACAGGAUGAUGUUGAAGAACCUCAGGUCAAACUGACUUCAAAGGAGAAGAGAAGAUUAGAAAGAGCCCAGCGUUCAAAGAAAGUGGGAGUCCGAUACUAUGAAACGCACAACGUGAAAAACAAGAACAAAAACAAAAAGAAACCAAGCAGCUCAGAAGGACCCAAAUCGAAGAAAUUCAGACAUAAGUCGUGAGACGCAGCUUAUAAAAAUAAUAAAAUAAACUAAUGAAGCCUUGAAACCUGUGCUUUUUAAAUGCUUUAAAGAUAUAAAGUAUUUAAGAUCACUGUGA